UUCGGGGGCUUCAACUCAAUGGGGUUGAAAAGUCGUAAAUUUUGUGUGAUGUUGCUGUGAUAAAAACAUCUAUUUCUUAAACAUGUCUGAUCUGUUUAAGUCCGCAAUAGGGUACUUUAGUAGCGGUAACACAUCUGGUGCUGAAAAUGAGUUGAUAGGUCAAACUGUUGAAGUAGGAAACGUAAAAUUAAGGGUGAAGAAAGUAAUCGCUGAAGGUGGAUUUGCGUUUGUGUUUAUGGCUCAGGAUCCGAAUACAGGGAAAGAUUAUGCUCUGAAGAGGUUGAUUGCAGCAGAUGAAGAUGCUAACAACAUAAUUAAACAAGAAAUCAACAUUCUUAGGAAAUUGUCAGGGCAUCCUAAUAUUAUCCAGUACCUUGCUGCAGCUUAUAUUGACAGAUCAAAAUCAGGCCAUGGUUGUGGUGAAUAUCUUCUUGUUACAGAAUUGUGCACAGGUGGAAGUUUAGUUGAUGUCUUGACAAACUGCAGUUCUCCCCUGCCUGUAGAUGUAAUAUGUAGAAUUUUCUGGCAGACUUGUAGAGCCAUCCAGCACAUGCACAGUCAAGAACCACCUAUAAUUCACAGAGACCUGAAGAUUGAAAACCUGCUACUGGGAACGGAUGGCAGUAUGAAGUUGUGUGACUUUGGUAGUGCUACAGCACAGUGUUUUCAGCCUGACCCAGCUUGGUCUGCCAACCAAAGGGCAUUGUUAGAAGAAGAGAUGGCAAAGUAUACGACUCCAAUGUAUCGAGCUCCAGAAAUGGUGGACACGUGGAGUAACCAUGCAAUAAGUACAGCAUCAGAUGUAUGGGCAUUGGGCUGUAUCUUGUAUACACUGUGCUACAUGAAACAUCCGUUUGAAGACUCAGCCAAGUUGAGGAUAUUAAAUGGCAAUUUCACAAUUCCACCUGGGGAUUUGAAAUACUCCUGCUAUCAUGACGUGAUACGUGGAUGCUUACAAGUUAAUCCACUUCAGCGCAUGACAGUUGCUGAUAUACUAGAAAGACUGGCAGCUGUUGCCGAAAGUAAAAAUAUAAGUUUAAAAGAACCUCUGGUCCUCGAAGGCAAACGUCUUGAUUCCUCUUCUAGCCCAGUACACACUGUAAACGAGCCGACAGCGACAAGCAAUAACAUGAAUUCUUCUGAUGUCACACAGCAUCCACCUCUACGACCAGCGCCUGCUAGGCCACCCUCAAUCCCGCAUGUCCAUCCAGACCCUCCCAGCAGACCGUCUCAGCCUCCAUCCCGACCAUCCCCCUUACCACCUAGACCGUCACCCGUCCACCAGUCUCCACCACGAUCUCAACAGCAGAUAGCCCCACAAAACCAGCCUAGAUCUCAACAGAACAUGCAGUUAACAUCUCAGGCUGGUAGUGGCAGUGGUGGUGGUGGAGGAUUAUUUUCAUCUCUUAGGGGUGGAGCAGGAAAUUUUUUGAAGAACCUGAAAGACACUACAGGAAAAGUUAUGCAAACAGUACAACAGAGCAUUGCAAGAUCUGAUCUCGACAUUAGUUAUAUUACAUCUCGCCUUGCUGUGAUGCCAUUUCCUGCAGAGGGACUUGAAUCUGCGUAUCGCAGUAAUCAUGCUGAUGAUGUUCGUGCAUUUCUUGAAUCCCGGCAUCCAGGAGGUCGUUACGCCAUCUACAAUGUAUCUGGUCGGUCUCAUGCGUCCGGAAGGCUGGGUAGUGGAAGAGUGGUGGAUUGUGGAUGGUGUAUAGCCCAGGGUGUUUCUGCAGGGAAUGUAGUAAGACAUGCCCCCUCUCUUCACACUCUCUACACUCUUUGUAAUGACAUGUAUAACUUCUUGGAACAAGAUCCAAAGAACGUCUGCAUCGUACACUGCAUGGAUGGAAAAGCUGCGUCUGCAAUGCUCGUUUGUGCAUUUCUGAUGUUCGUAAACAUGUUUAGCGCGCCUGAAGAUGCAGCACAGAUGUUUGCAGUUAAGCGUAUGCCUCCAGGACUGCACCCUUCUCAAAUGAGGUACCUGUAUUACAUGAGCCAUGUGCUUCGAGGCCCGUCGCUAGAGCCACAUUCCAAAGCUGUCACACUGAUCUCAGUAAGCCUCCAACCAGUGCCGCUCUUCACUAAAGUCAGGGAUGGUUGUCGACCUUAUGUAGAAGUGUACCAGGGGGAAGACAGGGUGUUAUCAACUCUUCAGGAGUAUGAAAGGAUGCGUCUCUUCAAUAUUACUGAAGGGAAGGUGACACUCCCCUUGAACGUGACUGUUAUGGGAGACAUCACGCUAGUGGCCUAUCAUGCACGCAACACACUUGGAGGAGUCAUUUCUUCUGGGAGGCCAACUGGAAUUAAAAUUGCACAAAUUCAAUUUCAUACAGGCUUCAUCGCUGAAGAAGAGACUAGCCUCAAGUACACAAAAUCAGAUCUAGAUGAUAUUGGUGAACAAGACCACUAUCAGGAGAGAUUUACUGCUGUUAUCAAUAUAUUUGUUGCUGAGGAUGAAUGCUGCUCAACCAAACAACCUGCUUGGACAGGACACGCUGCCCGCAAUAUUUUGCCUGACUGUCUGUUUUCAGCCCGUAUAGAAAAGGAUGAGAAUUUUGACACAUUUGUGAGCCAUCCGGCUUCACAUGGUUCUCCUGUACCUGCAGCACGACCUACCAAGCCCCCACAAAGGCCAACUCCACCAACUCUGUCCAGGGAAUACAGGGAUGAAGUUUCAGAUGAACAAGCGACACAACACAGGGUGAAUCCUGAAGAAGUGGAAGAUCUUUUGGACAGUGGUAGUGAUGAUACACCCACUUCAAGACGUGUUCCACCCCCACAGGAGACAGAAGCUACACUUUUGGAUAUAGGAGGUAUCAGUAGAGGAGGAUUUAAUUCAGCAGAUGCAGACAGUCAGCAAGGUGACAUAGAUCUGCUGAACGUGGCUCCAAAUCAUAAGCCACAGAGCAAUGUAGAUUUGUUGGGUGCAUUUGCUCAGCCAGCGUCCACAACCAGCUUUGGUGCAGGAGGAUUAGGACUUGAAGAUUUGCUUCAGGGAGGACAAACAAAUAAUCCAUCUCAGGAGUUAAAAAAUUCAGACCUGCUCUUCGAUCCAUUUGGCGGUACAAAUUCUCAGAAUUCUUUACCCAACUUUGUCUCCAAUCAUGUGGCUGGAUCCCAAUCAUCAAACUUGCUUGGAGGUUGGGAUGGAUUUUCACGACCUGAAGGACCUGAUCUUGCACCUUCUGGCACAUCAAUCCCCCGCAAUGCCAGCACUCCCAAUCUUGAAAGUAAAACUCGGGACCCCUUUGCAGAUCUUGGUAAUCUGACAGCUGGGUUAGGUGUUGGAUCCACAAGUGGAUGGACAGGUGGAUCUAAGCCUACUACACCUAUGAAUGGAACACCAAGGGCAGGAAGUCCUAUUAACCAAGGUUCUUCACCCCAGCACAGACCUUCCAGUUGGACACCACAGGGAGGUGCACCUGGCACAACAUCGCCCAUGCCGGGCUACAGCACGCCUGUUGGCACGCCACACCACACAGCCAAGUCUCCAGCUCAAGAAUCAGCUCGUGUUGCAGACUACAGUAGGGCACACUUUGACUCCGUAUUCAAUAAGCAACAGGACACAGCUGCUGGGAACAAAGGAGGGAAACAGCCUGGUGAUAUAUUUGAUGACUUGUUGGGAUCACAAGGCUACCAGUUUCCAAAACGUGAAACAGGACCAAGGACCAUCAAUGAAAUGAGAAAGGAAGAGCUAGCAAAGGAUAUGGAUCCUGAUAAACUUAAGAUCCUUGAUUGGAUUGACGGUAAGACGCACAAUAUCAGGGCGCUUUUAUGCUCGAUGCAUACGGUUUUAUGGGAAGAUGCAAAAUGGAACAAAUGUGAAAUGCAUCAGCUGGUUACCCCAUCAGACGUUAAAAAGGCAUACAGACGAGCCUGCCUUGCUGUGCAUCCUGAUAAGCAAAUGGGAACACCAAAUGAAGAAAUUGCCAAACUUAUCUUCAUGGAAUUAAAUAAUGCAUGGAGUGAUUUUGAGUCUGAUGGAAGUCAACAGCAGAUGUUUCCUGCUGCAAACUGAACAACAAAAUACUCAUUGCCUAACCAGGCUAGCCAACUUGCAAGUGCAAUAUGUACCAUAAUCAUCACAAAGUUUUGCUUCGUAUUAUAGGUUUACAAAUACCGGAGUCAAAGCAGUGUGGAGACUGAAGAGGCACACAGGAAAAACUAAGUCCUCAUUCACCUAUCUAAUUCCAUUCUUACAACAUUAUUCAGUUAAGAACAUUGUGAUAAGCUUUUAUUAGCUUUAGUGUUUAACAUUGCAAAGUUACCUAAGCUUGUAAAAAACAAAUAGUGAAACAUCUAAAAUACAAUAAAUAUGUAUUAUGGUUGCUGUUGUGAAGUUUUCAGGUUUAAAAUGUUUGAGAAAGAAGUCUGUCAUUUAAUCCCGUUGUUCUGUGGCAGUACUGCCAACUUUUAAGUGUAUAAAAACAUUCCAGAUUAUUUUAAAAAGCUUGCCUUCGUUCAGAAUUAAGGCAACAUAAAAUUUGGGAACUGUGAAGAUUUGUUAAAUGUUCGAAAGGAACUUCAAGGAAUGACUGACAGUCAUUUCAUGAUAUUGAAAGGAUGAUUACAGAUAACAAAAUAUAACAGUUACAUGUUUAAUUGUUUUAUUGGCUCAUGUUUCAGAGUUUCUUGUGCAAUUUAAAAAAUACUUUUGGAAUGGAAAUACGUACUGAGUCUCCAUCAGUGAUUAGAAAUCAAACAGUAACAUACACGUAGUUAGAAUGAUCCCUUUUAAUUGUAUGUUUUAGGUAUUUGGUUUCCAGUGGAAAUAAUUAAUACCGCCUGAAUCCGAAUGCCACUCAUCCUUUCAGUAUGAUCUCUCCUUUUGUGUAUUUAAUGUAAGUUCCUUGUAAAUAGUUUAUAACUUACUGAAAAUACUGUCAUUUUCAUCCUCAUUUGUCAUGAGAUACCACGUUUUAGAGGUCAAGUCUUCUUUAAUGGCAAAUGUUACUUCUAUGUAAAUAUAUCUUUCCAUUUUUUCUUCUGUACAAUGUGUGAAGUGUUUGUAAAAUCUGUGGGAUGUUUUGAAAUGACAUUUAUCUUUUAACUGGCAGAUGUUCAUGAAAAGAUAAAUCAGUAGUAUGAAUACAAUACCACUGUAUGUUGAUCUCAGUUGUGCUGGUGAUAGUUCUGUAAUCAUUUACAAGCUGGUUACCAUUCAAUAGUGAUGGCUGUGCCUUUUUGGGACUCUUAUGUAUUGCUGUCACACCGGAUAUGUAAGAAAUUUAUGUGACCACACAAAGAUUUUCAGCCGCACUCAGUGGUCAUGUAUUUACAGAUCCAUAAAUGGUAAUACUGGACAAAAUAUUGUUAAUUUAUGUGUUGAAAACACUAGCAUCACCUAAUGUCAAGUGUCAAGUGCAGCAUUGAUCUAGCCAUUCAGAAACUGUCAAUAUUCUUUACUUUUGUCAGUCAUAAAAUGGGCUGAACUCACUUUUCAACUUUCGGGUGAUUUAUUAGAUAAAUUACUCUACUGUUAUGAAAUUUCUCCUUCACACUUGAUGUUUUAUCAGUUGCACAGAGAAAGUUGAGGCAGUCAUAUGGUUUAAUGCAACAAACAAUUUGAUUGUACAUACACUGAUUAAAUUAUAAUCAUAAGCUUAGAACGGGAGUUUAAGCUUUAUCUCCCCAAACUGUGUUAUAAUUUGUCCAGAUCAUAAUUUUAAUUUAAGCAUUGAAUAUCAGUCAUUGCUCGCUCACUUCAUCCACUCAAUCGUGAGUGCGAACACUAAUACUAACAGCGGAAUUUUGUUACUGCAAUGCAGAAACUGUUAUAUAUUAAUGAGGAGGCUGAUUUGUAAGUAGAUGCGUUAUAAACCAGGUGUAUGUGUUUCUGCCUCAUCACCAGACUGCAGGACAGAAUCAUAAUAUACAGAAAGCUAACAAAUACUUCUAUUGUGUGGCUAGAGUUCAUAUUUUUGACAAUGGCAGUAACAAACUGAAGCUUCAUUCACGAUGAAACUGAUUAAAUUUGUGGAAUGCUUGCUACCACACAGUUAAUAAUCUUUUGUCUCCCCAGAUCCUAUCUAAAAAUGUAAAGAUUAUACCUGUUCUUUUGUAUGGGUGCAAAAAUUGGAUUCUCACCCUAAGGGAACAACAGCGAUCAAGGGUAUUUAAGAACAAGGUGCUGAGAGGAAUAUUUAGACGUAAAAGGGACGAUGUAAGAGGAGGAUGUUACAUAAUGAGGAACUUCACAAUUUGUUUUUGCUGCGUAUUAGGGUGAUGAAACGUGAUGAGUUGCGGGGCAUGUAGCGUACAUGGGAGAGCAUUUGUAAGACCUAGGCAUUAACUGGAGGAAAUUAUUAUCAUGGAUCUUCAGCGAAGUAAUGUGUGAGACAGGUCUUUAAAAUUACACUUGUAUGGUCAGUAUUGGCAACAGAAAAUUUUCAACUGGCAACAAAUUUCCCAUUUUACGUUUUGGAGUUCGCUCUUAGGAAUGUAGAUGCAGUUUUCAUUAAAUGAGGUAUACCUGCUUUUAUGUGCCCAAAAUAGUGGCAUCUGAAUUUUUUCUUUCUCCUCAUCAGCCUUGCUCUGUGUUCUAAAUUUUCAGAGCACAGUACACCCAAAGUCACAAAGAUCGAUAUGAGUCAUAAUUUUCUUUUACAUGCUAUCUUCAGUCAUGAAACUUUCAGCUCUGUCAUAUGCAAUACAUUAUCUCUCAAGGCAUCCUCUGUUUGUGGCCCUGCCUAUCAUAGAGCCCUGAUUUCUGGAACUCAUAACACAUGUAAUGAUGUAUGAAAUUCAUACAAAGUGUGUGGCAACACAGGAUCUUGCAGAAUUUGACAGACAACAUAUCAGUUCUUGCUGAACACUUUAAGCAUGGUGUUUCCUGUCAUGAAUAAAUGCAAUAGGAAAGUUCUGGAUAUUAAAGAACUGCUUGAGAACUUCUUUUCUCAAAAUGAUAGAUUUCCAGUGCGAGACUAUAUAAUCUACUGCCUGCUUCCACAGCAUCUUGUGGACGUGGAUUUUGUCAGAUGAGCCUCGUAAGAAACAGCUACAUGACAUGCCUGGAUGAUGAACCUUAAAAUACCUAAUGAUUCUUAUCAGUGGACCAGAGCUGAGGGACUUUUGACCACAGAAAUAUGCAGACAGUUGGCUUUUUAAAGUCAAGACAUUUGAACACACUGAAUAACUCUUGUUGCACAGAGGAAAUACGUAACCACAUUCAGAUAAUUUGAGAACAUAACUGAUAAGUUAUUGCAGUAUUUAAUAUUUUUAUAAAUAUUUAUGUGGUUACAGUAUUUUCAAAAAAUGUUGAGACCUGUGUGUGGAUGUGGACUGGAUUAAUUUCUUGAGGAUAUGUUACAAUUGAAAAUUCUUGUGAAAAAAAUAAUGAAUCUUCAGGUUCCAUGAAAAGCAGGGAUUUUUGUUGUUAGGUGAAUGACUUAGUUUCUCAAGAAGGAAUGUGCUCCAUGGAGUUACUUCUCUUACUGUACUAGUCUGACUUUUGCAAUUUACAAUUGAAUUUUUCCCAAUCUGUUGGACAGAUACAUUUUGUGGAUGUUGAAAUAUUUGAUAAGCAUCCUUAAUUAAUUUUAAUGAGUUUCAUGUACCUUUCGCAGAUUUCCAGUGUCUCAAAUAAAAACUGGAACUAUUCUGUAGGUCUAAAACAACUGAGUUUAGUAAUACUUAUGUUAUUUUGAAAUGAAGUAGUUAUAGUUUGAUGGCUGCCAGUGGAAAUAAAUAAAAUUACUUGAAAGAUAAAUAGAGGGAUACGCAUGUGAAAACUAUUUCUAAAACAAAUUUGUAUUUGUAGUUAUAUCCACAUAAACUAAUAAACUGGAUGUAAUGUUAGACGUACGAUGCAAGAAAUGUGUUUCUCACUUCUGUGCUAGUACAAUGUAUUUGAGCGAUGUAAAAUAUUUCUCACGUCAGAGAGUGAGCAAGAUUGCAAUCACGUCGUAUCUGGCCACAUAUGAGGGUGAUUCAGUUAACCCAUUGCUGACUAGCAUUGUCUCCAAGAUGAGGUUGGUCACUCUCUCCAAACACGCCUACCAUGUCUCUGAGACACUGGGGACUUGCUACCAUUUAAAUUCAGAAAAAAUGACAGAUGAGGUGUCAUUUGAAGAAGACUAUAACAUCUGUUCAGAAUAUGCAUUUGUUUCACUUGAAGUUUUGAUUAAAAAAUGGCAGCAUGUGACCAGUCAGGCACCAAGAUGGAGAUAUGUAUUUUGAUGCAAAAUAUGGUCGUACUGCACAAAAUGCUUUUUUGUAUAAUUAUAAUGAUUAUUGGUCUUAGUUAUUUCAGGAAAACUUUCCAUUGCUUGUAAAAACUAACUUCUUCACAAUCAUAGCACACAGAUGACAAUGAACUUGACACAUGCUACAGAAUCAUAAAAGUCCUCCUAUGUGUGUGUGUGUGGUCUAGCAUAAAAAUAUUUUAACACGCAUGAGUUGUGAAAGUACAGCAGUCUGUAUUUUCCUCAUGACCUUGUUUAAUCCAGUUUAGUAAUAAUAGGACAAGAAAAAUAUUAUUCCAAUUAACUGAGUAUUUUUUUCUUAAGAAAUCAUUAACCUGGGUUAUUUCAGGUAAAUGGGGAAGCAGUUAAGAUUUCGCUGGCCAUUUCUAAACUCUGCUCUGUAAUAAGAAUAUCACACCAUUAACCAUCUGCAUUUGUGGCUUAUGCAUCAUAUGAUCAUUUAUUGAAUUAAGGUUCGCAAAAAUUCACCUGUUUCAGAAUACCCUUCAUAUGUUAUGCUGUUUUCUUCUGUCUUUUUGCAAGUUUGACAACAAUUUUAUGGACUUCAAUAAACUUUAUUCUGUAACUAGCCUACUGAUGUCUUAUACUGGGCAUUUUCAAAGUAAAAAUAAAUUUCAUUCACAUUAGCUUCUGUAUACAGCAGUAGGGCAACUAUUUAUUAUAUAAACAUGAAUUGUCAGUAUUUCUGCAUUUUGUAUUGGAUUUAAGUAGUGCUUGUGCCAGGGGGUAAAAAUAAUAUUUUCAACCAUACUUCAUCCACCAACAAACUGUGUCUAUGCAAAAGUAGUUUACUGCACAUUAAUAUUUGAUCAGAAAUAGGAUUUUAGUUAAAAAUAAAUGAAGCAGAUAUUUAAUGUGGAGAAAUGUCCACAGGUUUUCAGUUUUGGAGUGUUUUAGAACAGAAUGCAUAAAAUAAAUCCACAUUGUAGUGCUUAUGAUCUUUACAGUACCAAAAUGUUAGUUGUUGACAGUGUACGAUAAUAUAAACAUUGAAGAAUAAACAAUGGUUUACUCUAAAGUAAAAUAAAGAAGUCAGAUGUGGUGGUGUUAGAGGUGAUAUUAGUUAUUUUUCAGACUUACCAAAUGAGUCAGGGAUGGAUGCAGCACACUUGCCAUAUUUUGUGCACCUUGGGUUCAUCAUCAUGAAAAUUCAUUAAUCUAAACUUUGGUUGGAACGAUAACACUGAAAAUUCCUUUAUAAUAUAAAUAAUUUUGGAAAAUUAAAUAGAAAUAUACUCUUAAACCAAGGCAAAAUUACUUAUUCUUGUAUAUAAGUAUUGCUGUAAAUUUGUGAAAAAUGGUUUCUGUCAAACAAAUUUGUGGUGAGAAAUGAGAGAAUUAUAAGAUUUGAAGUUUUUAUUCUGGUGGAAAUUUGAGUUAUUGUUUUCUGGGUUAUGGUGCUGUGGAGGGCCCUAUCACUUUGAUCUUCAGGGUACCCUGAUGAAGGCAACAGGUUUCUGCAAAAUGUUGAUAAAACCAAUAAUACUACACAGCAUCACAACAUCAGAAGACCACAAUAAAUAACAAAUAAAAUGGUUUCCCUCAUAAAAUUGAAUAAGUCCAUUUUCAGAUAAAGCAGACUUGUAUGUACACCAGCUGUUUAGGUGAAUGUGUUCCAUUUGUACUAUAAUGUGCUUCUUUAGACAUUAUACAUUUUAGAUUUUAAGGGAAAGUAUCAAUUAUGUUUUGUUUUAUGAAUGAAGUAACUAUUUCUGCACAGCUCUGAAUUUAAUAUCAAAAUAAUCAGAUGAUUGAAUAUCAUUUUAAAUGUUGAAUAACAUUAAUGGUAAACAGUUGUAAUGGACUUUUCCUUUGUAAACGAUAAUACACAUUAACACGAGCUCUUGCAGUUGCAGCCUAAACAUUGUAAACCUGUUGAGAGCAGGAAGCCUUUUGGGAGCAAAAAGAUUGCAACAUGUCAUGUAGGUGGAAUCCAAAAAUUUUAUUUCAAGGAUGCCUGUCAAGUAGUGUGUUUCCUUUAAUUUAGUGUUCAAAUGAAGAUUGCUGGCUUCUGGGUUGUGCGCGAUUCAUAGCCCUGAUGAUGGAGGCAGCAAGGACCUCUGAAGCAUUGGUAAACAUCUACCAGACUGCACGGCACAACAACCCAGAAGACAGCCAUCUUCAGACUCAGCGCUGUGAAAACCUCAAAUCCUACUUAGUGUUCAAGUGCUGUUUACUCUCUGAAUGUUUCUCCUAUUUUGUCCUGUUGAUAUUAAUGGUACUUUAGAGAAAUCAGUCUUACUGAAUCUUAAUGACUGUUGUCUCCUAUAAAAAAUAUACAAAAUAAAUUUAUUACCCAUCCCAUUAGUAUAAACUAAAAGUGAUGCACAGUACAGACUAACAAAACAAGAAUCAGAAAGGUGAACCAAGAGAUUGAAUUUUUUCAUUAUAUUUGAAAAAAAAUUGCAAAAUAUAAUGAGAACAUUUGCAUACAUAAGGGUACAGAAUUUCCACAAUUAAAGUAUGGAACAAAAUAUGCAGAUACAUACCACAUGUUACUUAUAUUUUUAAAAGUGCAUAUUAUGGCAGUAUUGAAUGAUGCAUUAAUGAGAUUUAAGUGGUAUUUUUAUCUUUAAUAAUAAUCUUCCAAUACUGUUUAACAUCCCUAAAUAUUGUUUUGUCUGUACAGCAAUGAUGUAUCAGUGAUAACUAACUAAAUGAAACCCAAAGCAUCGGUGAUUAUAUCUUAAAUUUACUUCCAGUAAGAAUUAUUGCACUAAUUCCUGAAUUGGUUAGAAAAUAUUGUAAAGGGCACAUCAGCUCUGAUUGAAGAAAUUGCUGUAUGUUGAUGGUAUUUGAAGUAACCACCACAAGGUACUUAACUUAGAAAUCAACAAAAGAGAUUUGAGAAUGUACAGAUGUAAAAUACAUAUUUAUUAUUACUCAAAAUGUAAUAACGCAGUAUAAUACCAACACUACAAUAGUGUCGGUUGGAGUACUCAGUAAAAUGUAUAUGUUGAACUGUAUCAUAUGUGAAUGGAAUAAAGUAUUAUGUAUAAAUAAAACAAAGAUAUCUGUAUACCAAACAGAAA